GAUUAUCGUUGUUUUGAUAAAAUGGAUUUUGAUAAGAAACUCCAUGGGCAAGAAUAUCCCUUUCUGUGGGUUUAACAGAAUUUUUUUUUUUUCCUUCACUCAUGAGCUAAAACUCUGAAAUCUUUGCUAUUAUACCGUUUGAAUAAAAAAUUAAUACGGUGGUUUCAUUUACAUAUUUAAAUCGUGAUAGGAAUUAUAUUAAAUUGCCACGCAUAUGAAAUCAACGGUUAAACGGUGUCGUUGGAAAAUACGAUGAUGUUCUGCGAAGUUCUAACUAGAAGUUUCUUUUGCUUUGUUGAUUCAGGAGAGUGCCCAAUUAGAGAAAUAGACCAUGCCCAUGUUCCUGCACUUUCACCCUCAAAUUUGUCACCUUUCUGUUAUUUCUAGCUUGUUACAAGUAAAGAAGGGUUAUCGAAAAUGCAAAUGGUUUGUGUUUGUGGAGAAAAAUGUCGUUUUGACGCGCUCUCAUUCUUUGGUUCUUGUGUGUCGUUUCCAAGUACCAAUGUCUCGUUUGGCAUAUCCAGAAGCCACAAGUCCCGUGUAGUAUCCAUGGCUAUUAAGCGAAGCCCCAAACGUCUCAAAUACACUGCUGCUCCUCGCUUUAGCAAGGAGGGUGGUUUGAUGUACAUUGAAGCUGACCCAUCUGCUUCUGACUCUUGGAAAUUGGAACCAGUUGUCAAUCUCUUGAAAGAAGGGGCUGUUGGGGUCAUUCCUACUGAUACACUGUAUGCAAUUGUAUGUGACCUCAGAAGCCACUCAGCCAUUGAACGACUUCGUAGAAUCAAGAAUAUAGAAGCUUCAAAGCCUCUUAGCAUCUUAUGCCACUCAUUUCGGGACAUAGACAAGUACACAGCUGGAUUUCCACGCGGUGAUGGUCAAGGGCAUGCAAAUAUAUUCAAAGCUGUUAAACAUUACUUACCUGGCCCAUACACUUUCAUCCUAAUAGCAAGCAAAGAAUUACCUAAGCAAUGCAUAAGGUUUGGCACUUCUGCUGCCAAAUACGCAUCAAGAAAAAAUGUGGGUGUCCGUAUGCCUGACGAUGCCAUUUGUCAAGCUAUACUAAAGGAGAUGGAUGCACCAUUAAUAUGUACAAGCAUCAAGUUCCUGAAGGAAGAUGAGUGGAUGAUUGAUCCAGUUAUGAUAGCUGAUACAUAUGGACCGGAGGGUCUUGAUUUUGUUGUUGAUGGCGGUGUAAGAAUAGCCGAAGCAUCCACAGUGGUUGACAUGACGAAAAUGCCUCCCAAAGUCCUAAGACAAGGAAAGGGUCCUAUUUUACCUUGGAUGGUAGUGGAAGAUGAUGAGAAAACUGAUGUUGAAGAAGAUAUCAUCCCUGCUGGCAUUUGAAAGUUAAUCAUCCAUUUUGAUUGAAAAUUUAACAUCCGAAAUCCUGUUUAUGAAUUUUUGUUUAUGAGAACAUUGAGAACAAACUUCUAUUAUGCAACAAGGUAGAAAUUCUGUAUAUAAAAAACUCAUCUUCAGCCUCAUUUUACUUGAAAUGUAAGUCCUUUAUUUACAGAGUACUUUUAUGAGGAGCUAUGAAAGAUAAA